UCGCCGCGGGCGUCGGCGGAGCCGCUCACCCUCAGCGCCUCGCCUCGCGACGCGGCCCCCGCACUUGCUGGAUAUUUCAAGUCACAUUCAGUUGAUAGGAUGAAAAAAUUUAAGAGAAGGCUAUCCCUCACUCUUCGAGGAAGCCAGACUAUUGAUGAAUCAUUGUCUGAAUUGGCGGAACAAAUGACUAUUGAAGAAAACAGUAGCAAGGAUAAUGAGCCUAUUGUGAAGAAUGGCAGGCCUCCAACCUCUCACAGUAUGCAUUCCUUCCUCCACCAGUACACAGGGUCCUUCAAGAAGCCCCCAUUGCGGAGACCACAUAGCGUUAUUGGAGGAAGCCUUGGAUCCUUCAUGGCAAUGCCCAGAAAUGGAAGCAGAUUAGAUAUUGUUCAUGAAAAUCUAAAAAUGGGAUCAGAUGGUGAGAGUGACCAAGCUUCUGGAACAUCAUCUGAUGAAGUACAGUCACCUACGGGCGUUUGUCUUAGAAAUCGUAUACAUAGACGGAUCUCAAUGGAGGAUUUAAAUAAGCGGUUAUCACUGCCUGCGGAUAUCAGAAUACCUGAUGGAUAUCUUGAAAAAUUGCAGAUAAACAGCCCACCGUUUGAUCAACCAAUGAGCCGAAGGUCUCGUAGAGCCUCUUUAUCAGAAAUUGGGUUUGGAAAAAUGGAAACCUAUAUCAAAUUGGAAAAGCUUGGAGAGGGUACAUAUGCGACAGUAUAUAAAGGAAGAAGUAAAUUGACAGAGAAUUUGGUGGCAUUGAAAGAGAUCCGGUUGGAACAUGAAGAAGGUGCACCCUGCACAGCUAUAAGAGAAGUUUCACUAUUAAAGGAUCUAAAACAUGCAAAUAUAGUAACCUUACAUGACAUUGUUCAUACAGAUAAAUCUUUGACUCUGGUCUUUGAGUAUCUGGAUAAAGACCUAAAACAGUACAUGGACGACUGUGGAAACAUCAUGAGUAUGCACAAUGUAAAGCUGUUUUUAUACCAAAUUCUACGUGGUUUGGCAUAUUGCCACAGAAGAAAGGUAUUACACCGAGACUUGAAACCACAGAAUCUACUCAUUAAUGAAAAAGGAGAAUUAAAGCUAGCAGAUUUUGGGCUAGCCAGAGCCAAGUCAGUUCCCACAAAGACCUACUCCAAUGAAGUCGUCACACUGUGGUACCGGCCACCUGAUGUGCUUCUCGGUUCCUCAGAGUACUCAACACAGAUUGACAUGUGGGGUGUUGGUUGCAUUUUCUUUGAAAUGGCUUCUGGAAGACCUCUGUUUCCAGGCUCAACGGUGGAAGAUGAACUGCACUUGAUUUUCCGACUGCUCGGAACACCAUCUCAGGAAACUUGGCCAGGUGUUUCUUCAAAUGAUGAGUUCAAGAACUACAACUUUCCAAAAUACAAACCACAGCCUCUGAUUAACCAUGCACCCAGAUUAGACUCUGAGGGAAUCGAGCUAAUAACAAAGUUUCUUCAGUACGAAUCUAAGAAAAGGAUUUCAGCAGAAGAGGCCAUGAAACAUGUAUACUUUCGAAGUCUGGGACCAAGAAUACAUACUUUACCUGAAAGUGUAUCAAUAUUCAGUUUGAAAGAGAUUCAAUUGCAAAAGGACCCGGGUUUUCGAAAUUCUUCUUAUCCAGAGACAGGACAUGGGAAGAACAGAAGACAGAGCAUGCUCUUUUAAGUCUGAUAAAAUGAUUUCAAGCCCAGCCCCCAGCCUUUCUUAUCAAUCAAGGACUCAGAUCUGAAGGCAAUUAUUUCUUUUGGUGGACUUGGAAUCUCCGUUUGUCUACACUGUCCUCUUCACAGUGGAGUCUUUUUAUUUCAGACCUACAGAUUGUUUUUAUAUUUGUUGUCACAGUGUGACAAUUUUUUUGUACAGUUGGUUUUAAGGUCUUCUCUGCCAUUAGAGCCAGUAGGUUACAGCUGUUGAUGUAACUGUAGCUGCAAUUUUUGUGCAGGACUGAGAAACACAGUGCAUUAUUUAUUGCGGAAUCAUUGCUGCUAAAUAACUACUGUCUGUUUAUUUAACACAACAGUUAAAUGCCUGAAGAAGUUGCAGUGGCUUUAUUAGAUGUGAAUGCAUCUGUUUCUCCUCACGAAUUGUUUUACUGCUGCAUUUCUUGUUUGUUUUUAAAAUUAAACUGCAGUGUUUCCUGGAAUGUAAAUUUAGCUUUGCUUAACAGUAAAAUAAGUGAGCCAUCUUGAACACUCUAAGUUCACGCUAUAUAAUUUUCUAUUGAACAUCCGCAAGUAGAGUAGCUAAGAAAUUGAUGAGCACAUUAUGUUUAGGAAAGCAUGUGAUGCAGAAGUUGAUUCAAUCAAGUGAAUACCUUACUUUCUGGGGAUCUCACAUUAGAUACCAGUAAAUUAAAGCACUGAAAUUAUUUAUUUUUACCUAUCCUCAUUUUAGAUAUAUUUACUGCAUAUUAUUGGAUAUGUGUAUACUAAUACACUUACCUAUUUUCCAUUGUGCUUUAAUUUAGUUAAAACUAAACCAUACAAGUCCAGUGAAAUAUGUGAGGUCUUGUUUUCAUCUUAAAUACGAUUCUUUUAUUAGAAGGGAUGAUACUUUUUUGGGGAGCCAUUUAUUUCCUUUGGAGGGGUGCUCUGUGUGUAUUUGUAUGUUUUAAUAACAUUCACUUGGAAUCAGCUAAAAGCUGUAAUAUGUCUUUGAAAUGAGCCAUGAUAAAUACAAAUGAGAGAAACAAGAACUUAGAGGAUUGUUUUAAAGCAUUGUAGGUAUUAAUGUGUUUAUCAGAGAUAGUAAAUAUUACAGUUUCAAUUAUGCAUCUCUUUGAACAUCAUAAACACACCUUGAUGUUGGUAAGUGUUUUAAGCAUUUGUGUUAACUUUUAAGACAUUUGUUUAUUUAGUGCAUCUUACAAACUACAAAUCUUAAUUGGUAUAUUUUGAAAUGGUCAUGUAAAUUUUUGGCUUAUAUAUCAUGAAAAUAAUCAUAACUUAAUUUUUUUUUCCUGAUAUUCACUGUAAAACAUUCAGGGGUCCUACCAUUUCUGUUCAGGAAAUCUUGUAGUUUAUUGCUAUUUAACAGUAUUAAGUGAACUUUUGUAUAUUUCAUUUUAACUUUAUUUGUGAAUAGUGAUUGUGGCAUGUUUGGGUGUUAUUUUAAUAUUUCAUGAUACAGAAAUUUUAAUUUUUAAAAUAAUUUUCUGGAAGAAACAGAUUCAUGUAUAAUGGUGAAUAUUAGACCACUACUGCUUUUCACAUUUGUAAAUUGGUUUUAUGUUAAACCCUGUAGCCUAACAAACUGCUGUUAUUUCUAACUGACAGACAUGUAUUAAUAUUGUACUUUGAAGGUUAUAUAUAUUAUGUGGAAAUUCCUCCAUUUUGUUUUGAAAUUUAUAACAAGAUCUUCAUGUUGUUAAAA